GGUUUAGGAAAGCAUGUGCUGACUGCGGAUUUUGCGAUUACGCUAUCGUAAACUAACCUAGUACUUGCUAUACCAAAGCUCGUCAGGCCAUUUUUGGACACGAACAUCAGGUCCAGACUACUGGGAAGAAUGGACGAGGCGGUUCUUAUGUUCCUCGCGCAAAGAGAUUGUUCCAGAGCAAAUCCAAGCCAGGCUGUUUGAGAAUUAUAUAAGGAAGUGCUGUCUCUGUAAUGUUCCUCCCCAUCAUCACCAAGACGAGAUUUUAAACUCUAUCCAAUAUUCAGUCAUAUCAUACAUCGCCUAAUAAAAUUUACCAGCCUUAUUCUCCUUAUCAAACCCACAUCAUCAAACAUGCUUGCUUCCUUGAUGACUAGCCUCCUGGCCCUCACUGCCAUUUCUGUCUCUUCCCCUCUCCCCGCCGCCAAACGCGACACUGCCGAACUCUAUAUCCUCUCCAACUGCUACAACAAUCUCACACAUGCUUCCUACGCCUCCGCGUUCUGGUACUACCCGGAUUUCCUCCCAGAUUACCCAGAACCACAAGCUGUCGGAGUCAUCAACGCUCAAAAAGCAGUUACCUUUGAGGGCCUCAAAAUUGCCAUAAAAGCCCCGUUCAAAUUGACAGCCGCCAUCCCAAAAAAUGCUACGUUGGCUACAUAUCAAGAGAUUGUUGCAUCAGCCACCAUUAGCAGUUUUGCUGGCCCAGCUGCGGCCAUGAAAGGCACUGGAGAGGCUUUCUAUAGCCCUGCAACCAAUGUCAACUGUUAUUACAAUUAUGCCGUUAGGGAUAAUCAAACCGAAGACCCAUGAGCACUUCAUCACACGCAGAAUUUUGACAGAUGCAAAGAAAACGCAUGAGCUUGGAUAAAACAGGAUUGAUUAAAAAUGGCUACUCGUACGGCUGUGCUAUAUGGAUUAAUAAUUGAUGACUGCAAGAUAGGCAACGACAAUAACGGAUCAACGACUAUAAAUAAUAAUUAGAACACAUGAAACAUGAAUAAUGGACAGUUUUUUUCUCGCG